AUGAAGCUCGAGUAUGGAGGUACGAAGAGCUUCAGCAAAUACAUGUGGCUAAAGGACCAGAAAACACCGCUGAGUUACAACGAAAAAUAUAGCGCAGAGAUAGAGCAAGCAAAGAGGAAGGAUAACAAGCAUAACGGCGAAGACUCGAGGCACAGUCGCCCUCUGUUCACCAACUGUCAUUUUUACAUUGACGAUUUUGUAAGUCUCCUUUCGAUUUACGACUCGUUUAAUAAGGGCCACAGCAGGUAUGCAGAAGAUGAGGGGCAGAUGGAGAGGGAGAGCCCUUACCAAAGGACAACUCUGCACAGGGGCGAGGGACACAAAGGGGGCCUCCAUAGCGAAUGGAAUAAUUUCACCAACCCUGCGGAAGAUAGGACAGUAGACAGGUAUGACAACAGCCUGAACAGUCAGGCGAAAUGUAGUACGCCCUAUAACAGCUGCCACUUCGGGGAUAACAAUAAUUAUGUUAACUCCUGGAGUAAUGACUUUGAAAGGGCACAGUUCACAAAGCUACACGAUCGCCCCGUUGAAGAAGAAGAAGAGAUAAAUUUAGACAGGACUCCAACAAAAAGCACCCACUACGAUUCGGUAGAAAGUUUGGAAGAUAAAUAUACAAGUAGGGAAAGAAGCGAGUUUGAUACCCUGAUGAAAAGCUACGAAAGAGUGUCCACGCCUAAGCGAAUUGUUCGUGCUUCCUACAUCAACAAGAAGGAGGAGAUAGAAAUAAUGAUUAUACAGAAUGGGGGGUUUAUACAUAAUGCCUUAACAAGCAAGGUGACUCACAUAAUUAGCAACAAUAUGGCAUUAGGGUCAAAGAAGUACAUGGAUUAUAAAAAGGGAAUUAAAAAGUCGAAAGUUUUUAUCGUGGAAGACAGGUACAUUUUCGAUUGCGUGAAAUUUCAGUGCAGAUUUCCCGAGCAGUCCUACUUACCUUCAGUGCUACGUAAUAACUGUCGACAGAUAACUGAAUUCUUUCCAUUGAAAGGGUGGAGGGGGCGCACCAGUGGGCAAGUGCGUACAGCGGGGAAGAUGCCUUCCUUAGUUGCUUCCUAUUUGCGUGCACCGAAAUGCAUCUCCGUUUCGGCUCACUGCGAGGAGGGAGGCGACUCUAUUCUGAGAAGUUCUUCGAAAAACGGUGUAAUAGGUAAUGACUCCUUUUCAGUGAAAACCCCAAGGGAUCGCAUACCCAUCGACAAACACUUGUUAAUGCUUAACAUGCAUAUGAGCUAUGCAAAUGUGAAGAAGUUCAUUGUGUGUAACUCGUCUGAGUAUUUCAGAAGGCUGCGCAAAAUUUACCUGAAGAAGGAAUUAAAGGAAAACGCCUUCCCCGGUGUGGGUCCCAAUCUGUACAUCAACAAGAACACGUUUGAAGAGUUUUCGAGGAAGCAUAAAAUAUUGAGUCACCUGAGUGAGGAGGAGAUUAACUGGAUUAAAAAAAAGAGCCAUCUGAAUAUAAAUGUAAAGAACGUAUGGGAAAAUGACAUGGUUCAUUUUUUCUUCAACAUUGUGUUGAAGAGGAAUAGUCAGCAGGAAGUGGGCUCUCCAACAGUCGCUCCAGUGGAGGGGAGAGCAGAUGGGGAGGAGCAAGCCGAGCGGUUCGACAGCAAGAGCGAGGAUGUUAGCAAUGCAGGAGGAGAAAGCGGCGGAGGAGGAGAAGAAAGCACAAGACAAAGCGGACGAGGAGAAGAAAGAGUAGGACGAAGCGGGGGAGGAAGCGAAAACGGGCAUAACCACCUCUCCACCGAGGGAUAUGUCGCGGAAAAACUAAUCAAACCCGUGUAUGACUACCUCCACAACUCCAGGCUAUACAUUCUGGGAAACUGGAACUACCUAAGUCGCGAGUUUUUUAAAUUUGAAGACAUAAACGAAAAGGACAAGCGGAAGUUCGUCUACAUCUACAUUGACUUCGACAACUACUUCCUAAAUGCAACUGUCAACGGCGCAUGUGAACAGUCUGGAAAAAACAGAAAAAUAGGCAGCCACGAAAUAUUAUGUGUGUGUCACAGCUUGAAGAAGGAGGACAGUUAUAGCGUUAUAAGUUCUACCAAUUAUUGGGGCAGGAAAAACAAAAUUCGCAAGGGGAUGUUAAAAAGGGAAGUCACCAAAAUGCAUAAACAAAACAUACGAUUUGUGAAAUAUGAUUUUUCCAACAUCCUAAGGUGUAGUUAUUUGUUUCUACUCAUCCUCAUGAACUACUCAAAAAAUGUGAGGGUAUUAUCAAUCGAUGAGUCCAUUCUGCAAUUAUUUUACCAAACUGAAGAGGAGAUUUUCUUGACGGCUAAAAAGAUAGCGGAUGAUAUUUACAAUUUGACCAAGCUUAGUGUGUCGAUAGGAAUUUCCUCCAAUUUGUCCAUGUCUAGGAAAGCUGUAGCGUUUUGCAAAAAAAGGUUUCUAUUUCUUGAUUAUUACCAUCAUUUUUGUAUAUUUAUCAUGGGGAAGUAUUUCCUCGGGGGGGAAACAAAGGAGGAAACAAAGGGAGAGAUAAACCGUAAGGAACAUGUCAACAGUAUCACAUCGGAAGGUAAUUUUGAGAAGGAACGCGCGAUGCAAGAAUGUCACCUGGAUUCUGUUAGGGGUGACCAGAAGGGAGCGGCACGUAACGAACAGGGGGACGAUCUAGUCAGGGAAGAGAAUUACGCCGCUGAGCGGCACCCACCCAAGAAGGCUCCAUUCAGUUCAGCAGAGUUGAAAAAUCUGUUCGAUGAGUAUCUCGCCUCGGCUGUCGCGGCAAGCAACCAAGUUAAUUCCACGUCUGAGUCAACCACGUCUGAGUCAACCACUUCUGAGUUAACCACUUCUGAGUUAACCACUUCUCACUGCACCACUUCUCACUGCACCGCUUCCAACCUCUCCGAUUUGUACUUCCUAGACGCCAUGAAGGACAAAAGGAACCCACAGGUGGAUUCCAUUUUUAACAUGUUUGUCCAAGCCAACCGAUCCAAUUUGGAACACAUAACGAAUACCUUCUUCGAUCGGAUCAUCCACCCGAUAAGUAGAUUCUUCUUUUUCUACAAAAAAAACGAACACUACUUGGACGUAUUAAGACAGUUAAAUUAUUCUAAUGGCCAAUUUGUUCAUUUCAACAUUUAUUAUUUGCCUGUGGAUGGGAGAGCACCUGCCUUAGCAGGUGAUGACCUGUCGGAAGACACUUUCAUAAAAUUAAAAAGAAAAGAUUGCGAUCGAAUUGACGGGAAAAAGUGCGCAACUGUAAGUGUGAACUAUGGAGUACGCUUCCAAAACAUUAACGAUUUUUAUUUUCUCAUUUAUUAUAUGGCAAAGCAGUUUUAUAUCCGAUUAAGGAUUAGAAAGCUCAAAGCCAAGGAUCUAGAUGUGUAUUUUUCUAUCAGGGAUGAAGAAGAAGAUGUGAAUCUGGUGAAAUAUUUGGGGCAGGGAAAGGUCAACAAAUUCAUCCGCAAAAUUGAGCUCAGCCAUUACACAGACAGUUUUUUUGUAUAUUUUUUCAAAGUGAUUUACCAAUUUGAUUCCCUGGUUAGCAGCUUAAGCGACAUCAGGGGCGUUCAAAUGGUGUGCUCCGACGUUGUGAGCGUCGAAGCGUUCCACAACCUUGGCAUUAGAAGCAUUCUGUCCUACUUCCCCGUGGGGGGGAAGGGAAACAUGAAGGAAGUGCAAGGUGCCACGUUGGAGGCAGCGCAGGGGGCCAAACUGGAUACAGUACAAGGGGCCAAGUUGGAGGCAGCGCAGGGGGCCAAACUGGAUACAGUACAAGGGGCCAAGUUGGAGGCAGCGCGAAGGGAGAAGUUGGAUACAGUACAAGGGGCCAAGUUGGAGGCAGCGCGAAGGGAGAAGGUGGAGGCAGUACAAGGGGCCAAGAUGGAGGCAGCACGAGGGAUCAAACUGGAUCCAGUACAAGGGGACAAGCUGGAUACAGUACAAGGGGCCAAGUUGGAGGCAGCACGAGGGAUCAAAACAGUACAAGGGGCCAAGUUGGAGGCAGCACGAGGGAUCAAACUGGAUCCAGUACAAGGGGACAAGCUGGAUACAGUACAAGGGGCCAAGUUGAAGGCAGUGCAAGAAGCCGAAUCCAUCGCACUCAACAUGCGAGACGCGCAGGUCCAUCGCCCCUGGUGGGAGAACGUCAAAUUCCCCAAGAAAAGGGCGACGCAUGUCCAGCGCCACAAUCGCUGUGCACCUGGUAAGAAAUCUAAGCACAGGAAACUCCUCCCCCUGAUCGAUGACAGACGCGGGGAAAGCACCAUUUGGUACUUUUUCAACAGGAAAAAGGAAGUGAAGGCCGAGAAAAAAGUCCACAUAUCGAGCGACAAAUGUGUCCCAUUUUCAUUUAGAAGUGUAGCAAGAAAAAAAAUAAGAAUAAAUAAUAAGCAUAAGAAUAAUGGCAGUGUGAGAAGGACGAAGAAUCAUUUACUACCCAGCAGCUGCAACACUCCCAUGAAAGCAGAAAUCACAGGAAAUUAUAAAAUCUACGACUUUUUCCCGAGAAUUUUGAUGAAGCGAAAAAGACAAAGCAGUACCGGAAGCAGUACCGGAAGCAGUACCCAGAGCAGUGCCCAAAGUAGUACCACUACUAGACACAAUGAUCAUGUGAAGAAAUGGAUAGACGAAAAUGUGCUAACGACGGACAAAAACAUAUUCGAUAGCAUAAUUAACAAAAGGGUAAAGAGGGAGACUCAUAUUAAGGAGGAAUUCAAUUGCUGUUACGUCAGUUAUAGGAGGAUCCUUGAGAAUGUAAUGGAAAAACAGAAAGGUGAAACCAUUAUGCGUGACAAUCAGCAUGUGUGUGCAAACGAAUCCUUCAAUGACAACAUUUUUUGUCACUCCGACAUCAUUCUCUCUCUCUAUGCAAUGAAUCGAGAAAGCGAAGAAGGUGUCUUUUACACCUAUACCAAGAAAAUAAUUUCUUCCUACAUUUCCCAUUUUAACAAUUUAUUUGAGAAUCACAACUGCCAAAAUGAUGCAACCGAUAAGUAUUACCUCCUGAAAUUCGUUGCUGCUGUUGUCGACAGCUUAUGUGAGGAGUUGCACCGAAGGAGGCUUCUCGACGUGCUUCACAAAUUUUUGAAAAAUUUUAAGCACGUUUGGUGCAUGAGCUGUGGCGAAGAGGAAAAUGGGAAGGGGAACGAGAAGGGCGAGAUGGGCGAGAAGAGAUCCUUCCCAUUGCUAUUUCACCGAACGAUGGUGAAGUACGGCGUGGAUUAG